AGGCGUCAGUCUUUCGCUCGCUACGGGCUAGUCGAGUUGUGAUCCUGCUCUGCUCCGUCUGCUUGUUUUUGUUUUGUUUUAUUUUUUUUUCACAGUAAAUUCAUUUCUUGCUUCUUCGACAAAGUUGAACAUUUACACAGAGUGAAAGAAAGUUGAAAAAUGCCAAGAUUGAUCAUUUCGGUUUGAAUUGUGCAUAUUUCCAGUCAAAAGUGUGCUUGAAUUCUUAGUUGCAUUACGCUUGGAAUAGCAGUUGUGCGUCAAGUUUUGAGGGACGCACCUCUCACUACCUGCUGGAUUAACCGAAGCGAAAGUGGAGUCGAUCGUUGUGAUCUAAACGUAUCAGUCGAUAUCAUGACACAUUACACAAAUCGCCAACGGCUAACGCUAUUGCUUACCUUGGGAUGGAUUGCAAUUAUCCCCGUGACAGGUGGCCUGCAGUGCGGUCCACCACCGGCCCCUCUCAAUGCCAAGAUGGUUCUCGGAGGGUCGAACCAGAUCAGCGACGACCCAAAUCAACUGCACGACACGACGGCCUCUGUCACUUACGUCUGUGACCCUGGAUACGAAUUGAUCGGGAACCCGACCAUCAGUUGUGGCAGUGACGGCAGGUGGCAAGGGGACGUGCCCAUCUGUGCGACCAAUGUGGCGUUACGCAAGUCAGCCAACCAGUCCAGCACAGCAAGAGGAGGAUCGGCUCUAAAUGCCAUCGAUGGAGAUCGCAGCACGUUUCACGAUGUUGGUGGUACAGGUGGCCGGUGUGCGGAGACGUCCAAAGAAGCAAGUCCGUGGUGGAUGGCUGAUUUAAUGAGACCAACGGCGGUCAACGCUGUACGUGUCACUACCCGAACCUGUUGCGAUUACAAACUACAUGACCUGGAGAUCAGAGUGGGUAACAAUACUGCUCCUCAACGCAACCCUCUUUGCGCUUGGUUCCCUGGCUCAGUUGGUGAUGCCGAAACAAAACUUUUCCAGUGUGCUAAAGUUCUCAUCGGCCAAUUCGUUUUCGUGCAAAUGGUCGGCGCCGAGAGCAGUCUGUCAUUGUGCGAAGUCGAAGUUUUCUCCGCUGGCGCAGAUAUCCCGCGGGAGAGUUGCACGGAUUCGGCUGCGCUCGAUAAGGUGGUGGCAUUCAAUCGCACUUGCUACGACCUGCAACUGAACGAGGGCAACACGUUCGCGAAGGCGAGAGGCAGUUGUUUGAAACAGAGAGGCGACUUGUGGAACAACGUCGCUCGCAGCACUUUGGAGCUCAUCACCCGCGAACUGGAACGCAAGAAACACACUAUGAAGUCUCCGAUGAUCUGGGUGGGCGCGCAAAAAGAAGCAUCAUUCACCUCACGCACUUGGAGAUGGGUGACGGGCAAUGUGGUUGAACGACCGCCAUGGGGCCGUGAGCAACCCAACAACUACAAUGGUGAACAGAACUGCGUUGUACUUGACGGCGGUCGUGACUGGCUGUGGAACGAUGUCGGCUGCAAUUUAGAUCAGAUCUAUUGGAUUUGCAAAUUUCCGCCCCUCUCUUGCGGUCAUCCGGAUCGGCGAGUCAACAGCACGGUUGUUGGCAAAAAUUAUACAAUGGGCGCUUCGGUCGAGUAUCGCUGUCCGACGGGCAGCGUGACUUUAGGCCCAACCACCAGAUCGUGCCAACCCAACGGCCUUUGGAGCGACGAAUCACCUACUUGCAAACACGUGGAUUGUGGUCCAUUAAAAGGCAUCAAGGACGGCGAAUUGAUAAUUGUUGAUGGCCGCACUACUUUCGGUGCCAACGUCAAGUAUACUUGCGCCGAAAAUUACACGCUCGUCGGAGCAAGCAAACGCGUUUGCGCUACAGAAGGCAAUUGGGAACCAGAAGAACCAAAGUGUUUAUAUGGACGGUGCCCGGAAUUGCCUCCGUUCGAACGCGGUGCAAUAACCGUGACGGGUCUGAAGGCAGACGACACGGCCACAUAUUCCUGCCAAUUGGGGCACAAAUUAGUUGGUACAAAGGUUCUAACCUGUCGACUCGGUGGUAUUUGGUCAGCUUCCCCACCUAUUUGCCAAUUUGUCGAUUGUGGAUCGCCUCCCGAACCCGAACAUGGUUCUGUUUGGCUCGUCAACGGUACCACCACAUUUUCCAGCCAGGCUAUGUAUACUUGCGGAUCCGAUUACCGCUUACAAGGACGGAACACUCGAUUGUGUCAAGAGGAUGGCAGUUGGUCAUCUUCUAUGCCUUCGUGCAAAUUAAUCGAAUGUGAAGAGCCCGAUAUUCCACCUGGUAGUUACGUCACUGGCACGGAUUUCACCAUUCACAGAGAAAUCCGUUAUUAUUGCGAAAAAGGCCACUUGAUGAGCGGUGAUUCCAGAAGGAAGUGUCUCCGCUCGGGUUCUUGGUCCGAUUCAGCACCCACUUGCACUUAUAUCGACUGUGGUGCACUAACCGAGAUCGCUAACGGACAAAUUCUUUACAUCAAUGGAACGUCUCAUCUUGACAGCGAAGUGGUUUAUGACUGCGUUCAAAAUUAUCGAUUGGAAGGAUCAUCGUCGUCACGCGUCUGUGGAGAAGAUGGAAAAUGGUCUGGCGUUGCUCCGCAAUGUCGUGAGAUCCGUUGUCCCAUGCCGGAACGGCCCGAUGGAGUUGUACUUAGCAUUUCCAGUUCGGAUCGACUCCGCGCAGUCACGCUGUUGCGUAAUUCGGAUCGCGGUGAAUCUUCUUCCAGCAGUACCUUCCGUAUCGGUUCGAAUGUCAUCUACAAGUGCGAACGCGGAUUCCGGCUGGAUGGCAAAAAUACCCGUACUUGCGAUGAAUCCGGCCAAUGGACAGGUGAAGUCGCUGUCUGCACAUUUGUGGAUUGCGGAUCGCCCGAAGAAACUGCCCACGGAACCGUUAGUCUUCCAGGCAACACGACUUACCUCUCUUCUUACGCUCAGUACGCUUGUGAAACAAAUUACAAGCUAGAAGGCUUUGAACGCCGCAUGUGUUUAGAAAAUGGAUCGUGGAGUGGCUCUCCGCCCAACUGCAAAGAAAUUACCUGUGCUGCCCCCGCAGCUGCUGACGAUUCUGGCGUCUUGGUUACUGUUACAUCAUCAACCGUGGGCAGUCUGGCCGUCUACAGUUGUCACGAAGGUCGACGACUUGUUGGACAGUCUUCACGCAAGUGUCUGCUUUCUGGUCUUUGGGAAGGAAGUCAACCCGACUGUGAAUGGGUGGAUUGCAAUCAACCGGAAGAAGUUGAAAACGGCCGUGUCUUCCUAGUUAAUGGCACUACCAUAUUUGGCAGCGUGGCGGAAUAUCAUUGUCUGCCCAGUUUCCAACGAUCGGGGCAUUUCAGCCGAAAGUGCGGUGCUGAUGGCCGAUGGGCUGGUCUCAUCCCGCUGUGCAUAGAAGAAGGAAAGGCGAUCCCUCCUCUGCAAGACAAUGGAUUGGAUAGUUUAUCAGCAGGAAGACAAAGCAAUGGUUCCGGUGUUUGGAUUGGUGUAGGAGCUGGUAUCGUAUUGGUCCUCUUCGUCGUCAUCGCUCUCUUUUAUUGCAAAGUGAAACGAGGUUCCUGGAUCUGGGACGCACCCAACGUCAAACAAAAUGGCUCAGCCGGAAACAACAAGAAGCAGGCCGUGACGAUGGUGCCACCCAACAUCCCGUUGCCACCGACACCGCAAACGCAUUUCUCUAGCCCCGUAGGCCAUCAAUCGCCCAUCUAUUCACAUAAUCAUCAGAUGCAAACGCUGCCCGUCAGUCUGAACGGAAACAGUCUCUAUGCCAGCACCAACGACAUCUACGAGCAACUGCCCGGUGAGAACCAUCACAUGUACGAUCUAACCUACGAGGACACGGCCAGCACCCGAAAGAAUCGAGCGAUUCAACCUAUUCCGGCUUCCAAUAGUUCACCGCCACCUUCCCCUCUUCCGGGAGUCACCGUCAACGGCGUCACUGUCAACGGUUUCGUAAUGGCGUAAACACUUUCUUCUUCUUUUAUGACGUAGGAAACUUGCAGAGAAAGAUCCCGUCAAUGGAUUUCGGGGGCUUGUAUGUUUUACUGUACUUGUACAUUCGAGAUGUUACAACCAUUAAUUAUUCUUUAAAUUCAAAUCAAUCGAUAUCUGCCGGAGCAGAGCUGUGAUUGCACUAUCAAAGGCAUCGUUCCUUCAAGUCUCCUUUAUUUUUGAAUGCGUUUGAGCUCUCGGUCGAAGCCCUUCUCCUUUCUGAGCCUUAAAAAUUCCUGGGAUAACUGAAGGUUUAUGAUGUGAAUAAUCCCCUCUCCCCAUUUUGCGGGGCCAAGUGAUUUAACUGCAAUUUUGACAUUUUAACUGUCUUUUUUUAUAAAUAAUAUGCUUGUUGAUUUCUACCUGACUGAAGGGUUCGGAAAGCAACAGCCCCCCCUUUGCUGUAAAUAAGAAACGACAUUGAUCUGUACGGUAUGCGUCGAAAUAAUUAAAUGUACACAGUUGAUAUAA